AUGCAUGAAGCGAUUCCGUACCUGCCGAUUCCUGUUGCUCUUCUUUGCUUCUUGUUGAACCUACUUAUCCCAGGAACAGGUACUAUAAUGUCUGGGUUGUUAGCGCUCUGUCUCGGUCAACCAAGAGUCAAUCUGAAGCGUGGGCGAAAAUUUGUGACACUUGCUGUCAAUUUGCUGGUCGGCAUUAGUCAAUUUUUCACCGUAACAUUCUUCUUUGUUGGAUGGUUUUGGAGCAUUGCAUGGGGAAGUCAGCUCAUUAUUCACUCAAGUGGGUUUAUGCGCUAGAU